AUGGCCGCCCGCCGCGCUAUUGCCAGCCGUACGCUCCAGAACCUCACGCUUCGCCCCGCCGUGCGAAUCGGCAGCAGAAGAAUGCCUCAAUCGGCCAAUGCCAGCAAGAUGGCGRUGCGCAGACUACACGCCACCACCGCCCACCUCGCUCCUGCUACCACUUCCGCUGCGUCCACCGCCACCGACUUCCCCAAAACACAUGAUAAAGUGGAGCAGCCGGCGGACACGCAGAACUUCCUCGACAACAAGUUUGUCGCCUCACAAGCCACACAAUGGAUCGAUUUGCACGACCCGGCCACCAACAACCUCGUGACUCGCGUACCGCAAUCCACAGAUGCGGAGUUGAAGGCGGCGGUGGAUAGUGCGGAGAAGGCGUUCCCGGCGUGGAGAGCUACCAGUAUYCUCCACCGACAGACGAUCAUGUUCAAGUAUGUUGCCUUGAUCCGUGAGCAUUGGGAUCGUCUGGCAGCUAGCAUUACUCUGGAGCAAGGCAAGACUUUUGCCGAUGCCAAGGGUGAUGUUCUGCGUGGACUGCAAGUCGCCGAGCAGUCUUGUGCCAUUACCAGCGAUCUAAAGGGUGAGGUGUUGGAGGUGGCCAAGGAUAUGGAGACGAGAUCGUACCGUGAACCUUUGGGUGUCAUUGCUGCCAUUUGCCCAUUCAACUUCCCUGCUAUGAUUCCGCUGUGGACAAUUCCCGUUGCUGCUAUUACCGGUAACACCAUGGUCAUCAAGCCUUCCGAGCGGGAUCCAGGUGCAUGUAUGAUCUUAGCCGAGUUGGCCGAGAAGGCGGGAUUCCCACCAGGUGUUGUCAACAUCAUUCACGGAUCUGCCAAGACGGUGGAUUUCAUCAUUGAUGAGCCUCGUAUCAAGGCCAUUUCAUUCGUGGGAUCCAACAAGGCGGGUGAAUACAUCUACACCCGUGGUAGCGCCAAUGGAAAGCGUGUUCAAGCCAACUUGGGUGCGAAGAACCAUGCCGCUGUCCUCCCGGACUGCAACAAGAACCAGGCUUUGAACGCCAUUGCAGGUGCUGCGUUCGGUGCUGCUGGUCAGAGAUGCAUGGCUCUGUCUACUCUGGUUCUCGUGGGUGAGACUAAGGAGUGGGCACCUGAAAUCGCCGAGCGAGCAAAGGCCCUCUCCAUGAACGGAGGUUUCGAAGAAGGCGCAGAUCUCGGUCCCGUCAUCUCUCCUCAAGCYAAGAAGCGGAUCGAAGACAUCAUCGCCACUGCUGAGAAGGAGGGUGCUACCAUUGUUCUUGACGGUCGUGGCCAGAAGCCCGCCAAGUAUCCCAAUGGCAACUGGGUUGGCCCAACAAUCAUCGCCAACGUCACGCCCGAGAUGACGUGCUACAAAGAAGAAAUAUUCGGCCCCGUCCUCGUCUGCCUCAACGUUCCCACCCUCGACGACGCCAUCUCCCUCAUCAACGCCAACGAAUACGGCAACGGUACCGCGAUCUUCACCUCUUCAGGCGCCACGGCCGGGAAAUUCCAAAAAGAAAUCGAGGCCGGACAGGUGGGAAUCAAUGUUCCCAUUCCCGUCCCGCUUCCCAUGUUCAGCUUCACGGGAAACAAGAAGAGUAUCGCAGGUGGCGGUGCGAACACUUUCUAUGGCAAACAGGGCAUUUCGUUUUACACGCAGCAGAAGACCGUCACGAGCUUUUGGAAGAGUGAGGAUGCUGUUUCUACGAGGGCAAAGGUUGAUAUGCCCACGCAGUCGUAG